GUUUUAACGUCCAGUGACGUUUCCCGAAACGUUUUUGUUAAUUCCUCUCGGUUUCGAAGACGAGGCUGAAGGUCGUUCUGCCACUAGAUCUGUUUCUGAUGCGAACGCCCUAAACGGAGAUAUUAUAGAAAUACGCCACUCUCCGUGGAAGUGGUUAUCCGUAUCAGUGGACUUCAGAACUGGAUUUGUUCGGUUUGACAUGGACUGCCAGCCCAGCAGGUUUGACCACCUCGAUCCAAAUGGAAAAGAGGAUAGCAGAAUCACAAUCCCUCAGGAAGCCUUGGUGUACUUCAGACAGGAACCGGGUAGAAAGAAAAUAUUUUUGGGUUCGGUUCAAGUAGCUAAAGUACUUCCAUACGUAGUAGAUGGACGACUGUGGUCCUGCCUGCAGAUAGCAGAGAACUUGGCACCAGAGUUCAGAAAGCCUCUCCUGUAGAAACUGAUUUAGAGGAACUUCUGCACUCAUUUUGUGAUAUAAUAAAGCCAACGAAAUUGGGCGCGUGGUACAUUAAUUAUUAUUGUAUAGUUUCGUAAAUAAAACGUUAUGACUAUUUAUUAAUAUACAUAGAAGUAUUGUAUAAUAUGAAUUUUUAUUGCAGUUACUGUUUAACUGGAUGAAAACAAAUAAAACUGAUAAUGGCGUCAA